UCCUGUGCAUUACCAAUUUAAAAGCACCGCACGGAGCAUUCCACAACAAUACCAUCGGAGUUAUGGCGGUGAUACUUCUUCUUAUGCUACCGGUAUUAACAUCAUGCGCGAGCGAUGGGAACAUUCAUUUGUUGGAAGAGGACGUCGCAGUUGCCCUUAAAACUUGUUACGUGAAUGGUGAAGCGAGCGACAAUACAAAGCGACAACGCCGAACAAGUGAGAAUUAUGACGAUCCAUCCCCACGUAUAGACGCUUACACAAAACAAGAUGCGAACUUAUACGAUCACGAACGACGCAACACCAGCAGCUGUUACAAUCAGAUUCACGUUUUAAAUGGGUCUAACGCCGAACGCUCUGAUUACUGGGCCGGUGAUGGAAAGGAAAGGUUUGUUAACACGAAACCUAGUCCCGCUACUGGAAGUUAUUAUAAUAACCAGGCUAAUAACUAUACAAAUUCUACAAGAGCUAAAAGAAACGAACCGCUGUUAAGAAAAGACGAUAAUGAAGAGUGCCUCAGUCAAUGUGUGUUCGCCAAUUUACAUGUGGUGGACUCAAGGGGUAUCCCCCGUGAAGCGGAACUGUGGAACAAGAUUCAAUCAUCGGUGACAUCUCAACAGUCUAGAACCUUGUUAAGGGAUCAGAUUCAUGCUUGCUUCCAAGAAUUACAAUCUGAAUCUGAAGACAACGGUUGCUAUUACUCUAAUAAACUGGAAAGAUGUUUGAUGCUACGAUUUGCAGAUAGGAAUAUUAACGGGACCCUGAGUACGUCAUCAUACCCUUGAGAACAAAUCUUAAUUGCCGAUAUUUCCCGCCUCAAUAAAAUCAUCACUCGCUUUAACCGUUAACGUAUAAAUUAAAUAUACUUAUAGGUGCAUAUUUCUAUGUAAAAAAGCUAAUAUUGAAAUGCAAAACAGAAUAAAGUCUGUAAUAUGA